UAAGUAGGUUCCACAGCCAAGGUGGGGCUUGAACUCACGACCCUGAGAUGGAGAGCCGCAUGCCCCACCGACUAAGCCAGCCAAGGGCCCCCUGGAUUCCCAUUCUCCAUCCAGAGCCGCCUCACUCUGGUGGUCUGUAAGAGCCCACCACAGAUCCAGUGCCCUGAUCAAGUACUCUCAACCUCCACUCUGUCUCUAAUUUUCAUUCCGACCCGCAACCAACCUCAACACUCAAAGCCCAGACGACUAUGACCAGAGCCCCCAAAUCCUCUAAGUGACCCAUCUCCCUGGAUCCUCCAUUUCCUAUAGGAAUCCCAAGCCCUAAGUCCUUCUCCUCAACACCUCCCCUCCCCCAUCUAUCUCAUCUCCUCCCCAGAAUCCAGGCUCUAAUUCCUUGGACCUCAUCCUCUGAGUGCCCCCCCAUUCUAGUGGGUAUCCUAGACCCCAAACCAUGAAUUCCCAGUAACAUGAACUCCCAUAUCUGUGUUCUUAUUCUUUGGGGGAUCCAGGACCUGUCCCAUCAACUCCUCUCCCAUCACUGCCACACCUCUCUGUACUCCUCAUUUUCUGCUAAGAAAGCAGACCCCAAUCUCAUGAGCCCCCAGGCUACCAUAGAUCACAAACACAAAGCCCUGACUUUAGGAGUCCCAUCUCUCUCUGACCCCCAUCCCUUUGAGCCUCAGGGUUAGAGGGCCCCACCUUCCAUACAGAGUCCACCAUCCUGGAGUUUCAGUCAAGCCUAGCUCCCAAUGUCCCAGGUCCUCCUUGGUUUCGGAGUUCUCCCAGGCUACUCGUUCCCAGCUCAGACCCAGAUCCUGUGUAUUCCCAUUCAGUGUCAGAGUUAGAUAUACAGCUACCUGAGCACUUUCCCCUUCCCCUCUUUGGAGUUUUUCUCCCCUCCCAGAACCCAGAAUCAAGUGGGCUCCUCCCUGGGCCUAGACCCCCAUGGUAACCGUAUAAGGUGAGGCAGCUGUCAAUUGAGGCGGGGAGGGGCCGGUGUAGGAGGCCAAGGGCAGCUGCUAAGUUUAGGGUGGCUCCUUCUCUCUUCUUAGAGACAACAGGUGGCUGGGCCCCAGUGCCCAGAAAAGAAAAUGUCUUAGAGGCAUUGGCAUGAGACUGGAGGAGGGCAAAGGGAAGAGUCACCUUCCUCAGGACAUCGGGUCCUAGAGGGAGCAAGAGAAGGAGGAGACGUGUGUCCUUGCCAGCCUUGGCCUCGUAGGGGGCUUCCUCAGCCACUAUUUCCCCAGGAGAGGGUACCUCAAAGUCACACAGUCAGCCAAACUGGUUCUUGCCCAGAAUGAAGAAAGGAGCCACUGGCCAUCCCAGCCACCCGGAAGGAGCCAGAGCCACUGCUUUGCCCCCAGGAGACUGAAGACAUGGCACCCAAGAAGGCCAAGAGAAGGGCAGUGGCAGAGGGCGGAAGCUCCAACGUCUUCUCCAUGUUUGACCAGACUCAGAUCCAGGAGUUCAAGGAGGCCUUCACAGUAAUUGACCAGAACCGUGAUGGCAUUAUCGACAAGGAAGAUCUGCGGGACACCUUCGCAGCCAUGGGGCGCCUCAAUGUGAAGAAUGAGGAGCUAGAUGCCAUGAUGAAGGAAGCCAGUGGUCCCAUCAACUUCACUGUCUUCCUGACCAUGUUUGGAGAGAAGCUCAAAGGUGCUGACCCUGAGGACGUGAUCACUGGAGCCUUCAAGGUCCUGGACCCUGAGGGGAAGGGCACCAUCAAGAAGCAGUUCCUGGAGGAGCUGCUUACCACGCAGUGUGACCGCUUCUCCCAGGAAGAGAUCAGGAACAUGUGGGCAGCCUUCCCCCCCGACGUGGGAGGCAACGUAGACUACAAGAACAUCUGCUACGUCAUCACGCAUGGCGAUGCCAAGGACCAGGAGUAGGGGACCCACCCUCUUAGGCCUCUGCUGGCCAACGCCUUGCUGCCAGUCCGACCCCCCCACCCGACUCUAAUAAAACUAAACUGGUCGUUGUUUCUUA